CGCCCAACCGCCCUGGUUUGAAAAAUGGCGGCCUAUGCUGAAAUGCUGCCCAAGGAAUGGCUGGUCUACCUCGUCUCCACCCGCGCCGCCACCUUCCGCAACUGGCCCUUCACCGAGGGCUGCGCCUGCACGCCCGAGCGGAUGGCGGCGGCGGGCUUCGUGCACUGCCCCAGCGAGAACAGCCCCGACGUGGUGCAGUGCUUCUUCUGCCUCAAGGAGCUGGAGGGCUGGGAGCCCGACGACGACCCGCUGGAGGAACACAAAAAGCACUCCGCGGGCUGCGCUUUUGCCGCUCUUCAGAAAGAUCCCUCUAACCUGACGGUGCAGGAAUUCUUGAAGCUGGAUAAAAAGCGGACCAAAAACGUAAUUGUACGUACUCCUCGGCAGCGUGGUGGUGCCCCCUGCCCUGCCCUGCUUCCAGCCCUCGCCUGACGGGGCCCUGACACCGACUGGUGCUCUGUGCGGUGGCAGACAGUAAGGUUUUGUUUUUAUUUGCAGAAAAAAGCAAUUUCUCAGAAGGAAACUGAUAUCGAAGAUGUAGCCAAGGGCGUGCGGCACGCGAUAGAGAACAUGGGCCCUUAGGUUCCUCUGGGUCUAUGGUGUAUGUGCUGUGAUACUGCCACGCUGUCUCAAUAACUGUUUCCUGGGACCACUUCUGCAAUGGCCACGCCUGUGAGAAGCAAAACAGAGCUGAACUCUUCUUUACUCACCUGAGUCUGUCCGAGAAGUACCUGGGGUUUGGUGCAUUGCAUAUAUUGUCUUUUUCAGCAGGGAUUCUUUUAUUCUUCCUGUUACUUGUGGUUUUGUUUGUUCUUUCUUAAAUUCUUUUGUAAACUCAGUUCUUCCCAUUUGGGAAGUGCCGGUAGCCCUGCUGCAAAAACUUGUGGAAGCUAGCGGAUGUUUCUGGUUUUGUACUGAAUGCUACCGGUGCUUAAGGAUACUUUUAGAAAUAAAAAGGAUUAAAACUG